UUGCGUUACCGAAGCAUUACUAAUCGUGGUAUCCAGUCGAUAUCGACUAAAGGACUAAAAGGAGAUUGGAUGCGAAUGGCGACGGUACGAUUCUCCCGCCAUAAUUGACUUUACGUAAGACGCAAGAGCGACUGCAGUGAAACUGCAACGUGAUCCUCCGACUUGCGAAAAACGUAACGCGAAGACGGGCCACGGCACGGCGUGCGCGAUAUGUCACUGAUUGAUGACAUACAGCUGAUCGAGGAGGUGAAAAAAUAUCCAUUGCUUUAUGAUAAUAAAUUUCGUGGAUACCAUGCGAUAAAAGAUAAAGCGUGGAUAAACAUCGCGGGAAAACUCAACGUAAAACCUGUAGAAGCAAAAAAUAGAUGGAGAAGCUUACGAGACAGAUUUGUGAGGGAAAAAAAGUUAAUAUCAUCAGGAUGCGAAUCCGAUCAAAAAUCCCGUGCAGGACCUGUGGCUGGCCCCUGGCCACUACUUGAUCAUAUGUCAUUCAUAUGGGACUAUAUAGUUCACAGAAGAAGAUUUACAACAAAUAGCAUAAAAAGGGAACCGGGACCUUACUCUGCUACUGAGACAAAAAGAGAUCUGAAUGUUACAAGCGAAUGGGUAGUUGCUUUGGAUUGUGAGAAUGGAAAUGAUCGGAGUCAUUCCGAUCAAAAUAAGAAUGAUGAUCAGGAUGACUUAAAAAUGAAAAAGCAGAAUAAUCAGUUGCUGUCUUAUCAGGAGCAAUCAUCAGAAGAAGCAGCUGAUUUUUGUCAUGUAUCUGAAGAUGAUAGAAGCCAUUUGCAGAAAGUAGACCAUUGUCUAAAUUCACAAUCGUAUGUGGCUGAUGAAGAGCAUUAUUUUUGUAUGUCAGUCGCAGAAACAUUGCGAAGAUUUACCUCGAGGCAAAGAGCUGAAGCCAAGCUUAAAAUUCAGCAAAUACUUUAUGACAUUGAAUUUGGUCCUGAUUCUACAGAAAAUGUGACAACAUUCGAAAAUACUUUUAUGGAGUGAUCAAAAUGGAACAUCAAGUUGUUGAUUAUAGAAGUUGAACUUUUGUUUGUGAUAUACAGUGAUAUUAUUGAUUUAUGUUAAUGGUGAAAAUUAGUUUUACUGUCAAACAAGACGAUUUCACAGAACUAUUACAAUCAUAUUAAGUUUCCUAUAACUGCUAAAUUUGUAUUUCUCCAUGCAUUGGUAUAAUGUUUGUGUUAUGCUAUAAUAAGCUUGUGAAAUAUCAAGGAGAUUUGUAUAAAAUUUAUAUAUGUUUUUAAUUCAUUAAGAGAUUGAUCAUUAAUAAACAAUAUUAACUGACUUAAAUAUAAA